UUCAGUAUACCAUGGUGUAAUAGAUACAGGGCGCCCAGCCCCCAGUUUGCAAUCCCUAAAGUGGUUCACAAUAGUUGUCUAUACGAAGCAGAGCUAUAUAAGGCUAUACUACUGGUUAUCACACGCAAACCUAUGUUGGGGAUCGGUUAAUCGUAAAACUAUACAACCAAUGGGCCAAAUAAGGUUUAGGAACAAAGUACACACUCUUCAUGCUCUUAUAUUACAGCAUUCAAACAUUAACUACCAGCUAUAGCGGUAUUGAGUGAUCAAUAUUUGAACAACUUUACAAUUACAUUGCCAUAAAUGGAGCCGGUACAUGCAAGGCCAAUUCUGGUUGUCUUAUUUGGUAUUCUCCAGUGACUUAUCCUUAGCGCCACCCUACAAAGAAAAUUUUGGACAGGUUGUCACUAAUAUAUAAAAAUACACAAAGGUAGGCAUAAAUAUAUAAAUAGGCGUAGCGAAAACAGGUCAUAAUUUUAGACACCACGGUUACGGGAGCUGUAAAAAAUCUCCUCUAGUUCAAUAUUUAACGAUUGAGAUUUAUAUUUUUAAGUCGAUAGCGGAUUUUACAUUUAAAAAAAAGCAAAAGAUUACUAGAUGUCGGAGUCGCCGUGUGUCGAAACAGCCAAGGGACCAGUCAGGGGUAAAGUUGUUGGCAGCUCAAAAUACCCGAACGCAAAGCAAGUUUACAGAUUCAGUUCGAUUCCAUUUGCCAAACCACCCGUCGGAGAUCUUCGCUUUGAACGUCCACAAGAUUCAGAACCAUGGUCUGAAGUACUUGACGCGACUCGACAGAUCGUUUCUCCUAUGCAAGACACCUCGGCGUGGGAACAACUGAAGGCAUAUGUUGUUUCGGACGACCUGUCCAAAGAAGAGAAUGAAAACGUUAGCGAGGAUUGUCUGUACUUAAAUGUCUACACUAAUACCGUGAAUAACAAAGCAAAUCUGCCGGUGUUGGUAUGGUUAUAUGGCGGUGGUCUUACCAUGGGCGGUGCAUUGGGCUACAACGGACAGACUAUAUGCAGCAUGCAAGACGUAGUAGUUGUAAUCCCAAAUUACAGAGUGAACGUAUUCGGUUUCUUUACGGCUGGAAAGAACACAAAAUGGAAGGGCAACAUGGGAUUCUUUGACCAGCUAAAGGCAUUAGAAUGGGUCAAGCAUAAUAUCAAGGUAUUUGGUGGCAACCCUGAUAAUGUGACAUUAUUUGGCCAAAGUGCCGGUGCAGUAUCUGUCGGAUACCAUGUGAUGUCUCCCCUGUCUCGUGGCUACUUCCACCGUGCUAUUUCACACAGUGGAACCGCAACCAUGCCAAUAAGUAUGAUAAAAACAGGCUACGACAAGUUCCGAAACUUUAUGCUGGAAAGUUUGAACAUUACGACUACUGACCCGGACGAAAUGGUCGCUGCGUUGAAAAGGGUUACCGCCACAACAAUAAUGGAAGCGCAAGCAGCAGCAUUUAUGAAGUGUCCUAUGGAACCAUUCGGUGUCUCAGUCGAUGGAGAUUUUGUGCCAGAAGAAACUUUGGCAAGAAUUAAUAAACCCGGGAGCGUUGCUCCUGUUCCGUAUAUAGUCGGUUGCAACAACACUGAGGCAUAUGGGGUCAUCUCGGGAAUGAUUCCAGAGUUUGAGUCUGGUUCUUCAGAAGAAGGAGUCAUUGGUUUCUUUAAGAUGCUUCUGCAUUGGAAAUCUGAAAAUAGCAUUGCUGUCCGUGGGAGAAAUCUGGAAGAUACAAUCAAGCUUAUUUUGGAAAAAUACAGCAAAAAAUACUCGGUUGACGAUAAACUCCGUUGGAGCAAAACAGCAGGAGAUAUAUUAGGAGACAUAUGGUUUUCAGUGGCAUCGUUACUGCAAGCUAAUGCCCAUGCAGACGCCGGCCAUCCGACGUACUUUUACUACAUGACCCAAACGCCAACGUUCUGUCACAGCAAAGAACAUAUAGUUUCUGGUGACAUACGUUUGAAAGUUGACUCCUGCAAAUGUGACCAUGGCGAUGAUCUUUUGUUUACGUUUGGUAUUCCAUAUCAUACCGCUAAACUUACCUCUGAUGUAAAGUUCACCAAGGACGAAUGCAAAAUGUCAGAGCAAUGGAUGAACUAUAUUGUAAACUUUGCAAAAACUGGAAAUCCAAAUACCGGAGAUAAAGACGUACCUGUUGAAUGGCCGGUCUACAAAACUGCAGAAAUGAGUCACUUGGUUGCGCAAGUCCCGUUUACGGUUGAUAGGAACUUUAUAAAAGCAAACCACAAACUUCUCUCCAGGGAGAUUUUUGAUAUAAGCGAUUAAAUUUUCGUCGUAAAAAAGCUGUUGUCCGAUACAAAGAAGCCAAGAAGGCCUUUGUAGUAUAACUGUUACAAUUCCCUUCCUGGCAAUCGCUGUCCUAUUUAAAGAGAUAAAAAACUAAGUUUAUAUUUGUUAAUUUCGCAAAUAUCUUACGCCAAUUUCGUUUCCAUGCUCGUAAAAUAUCAAAUUUACUUUUUGUGCGAUACACGAAUUUAUUGAGCACUGAUUUUAUUAAAAGCUUUUUAAUCAUUAUAAUUUUAACGCCGUAAUAGCUUACCAAAUAUCGUUUCUUUUAACAAAUGCUUCGUAUUUGUGUUUAUAGAACAUAAAUAAUUCGUGUUAAUAUUAUUUUUGUAGUGUCCAAACAAUUUUGGUUGUACAAGUUUAUAAAACACGUAUGUUAUGUGGCAAACUCCAUCAUUACUUUUGUGC